CAGAUCACUCAUAUUGACUGCAGAUCCACCUUCUGGCCCACCCCUGACAUGCAGAAGACCUUCCUUGGGUGUCGCAUGACUCACCACUGCCCAUUAAGGCGGUGCCUCGGUGGAAGGAGUGAGGCGGGAGGAGCUUCUCUUUCAGUGGCCGGGAGAGAGGGCAUUGCAGAGGCAAGCAUGGCCCUGUUCUCUUCUGCCUUCUUCUGCCUGCUUCUCCUCUUGGGGGCUGGCUCCGGGCAUCCCACCUGUCAGUUCUUGGACAACUUGAUGUUCACCUGCCAGGAUAGCAAGGUGACCCAAGUGCCGCAGGACAUCCCCAGGAACGCCACAGAACUGGUAUUUUUCCUCACCAAAAUAAGAAUCAUACCGAAAGGAGCUUUCUUGGGACUCGAUGAAGUUGAAAAAAUAGAAAUCUCUCAGAACGAUGCCUUGGGAACUAUAGAAUCGAACGUGUUCGCCAACCUUCCAAAACUCUAUGAAAUAAGAAUUGAGAAAGCAAACCACCUGGUGUAUAUUGAUAGAUAUGCCUUCCAGAAUCUUCCCAGUCUCAGAUAUUUGUUGCUAUCAAACACUGCAAUCAUGUAUUUACCCGUCGUUAACCAGAUACAUUCUUCCGUGAAGUUUGUGCUUGACGUCCAAGACAACAUAAACAUACACAAGAUUGAAAGAAAUUCUUUCCUGGGGCUCAGUUCUGAACGUGUUGAUAUAAGGCUAAAUAAAAAUGGACUCACCGAAAUUGAAGACCAUGCCUUCAAUGGGACCAUCUUGUCUGAUCUAAAUCUGAGUGGUAAUGACAAGCUGGAAAAAUUACCUAAUGAAGUUUUCCUGGGAGCCAAUGGACCAGCCGUUUUGGAUAUUUCAGAGACCAAGAUCAGCCAGCUGCCCAGCAUCGGACUGGAGAAAAUUAACAAGCUGAUAGCAAGAUCUGCGUACAACUUAAAGAAACUACCUCCUUUGGAUAAGUUCCGCUCCUUGAUCGAGGCAAACCUCACCUACCCAAGCCACUGCUGUGCAUUUGCAAACUGGACGAAACAAAAUUCUUUUUUCCACCCCAUAUGCAAUAAGUUAUCUCUUCUGCUAGAUAUCGACGGGACAGAUUUUGACCUGGACGACGAGCACGAUUACUACCAAAGCCUGUGCAAGGAAGAGGUUGAUGUCAUUUGCUUCCCUGAGCCGGAUGCCUUCAACCCCUGUGAAGACAUCAUGGGCUACAACGUCCUCCGGGUUCUCAUAUGGUUCAUCAGCAUCCUCGCCGUCAUGGGGAACCUGGUUGUGUUCCUGAUCAUAGUCAACAGCCAGUCCAAGCUCACUGUCCCUCGGUUCCUCAUGUGCAACCUUGCCUUUGCAGACCUGUGCACCGGCAUCUACCUGUUGCUGAUCGCCGUCAAAGACAUACAGACCAAAAGCCAGUAUUACAACUAUGCCAUCGACUGGCAAACGGGUGCGGGUUGCAAGGCAGCCGGCUUCUUCACCGUCUUUGCCAGCGAACUUUCCGUCUACACCCUGACCUUCAUUACGUUGGAACGGUGGCACACCAUAACCUAUGCCAUGGAGCUGGAACGCAAGGUCCGCUUCCGACACGCUGUGGCCUUCAUGCUUGUCGGAUGGGCUUUUGCCUUCACUGUGGCCAUCCUCCCCAUUUUCCAAGUCAGCAGCUACAUGAAAGUUAGCAUCUGCCUACCCAUGGAUGUAGAAACUCGCCUUGCCCAGGCAUAUAUCAUGUUUCUGCUGGUACUGAACAUCCUGGCCUUUCUCAUCAUCUGCACUUGCUACAUCAGCAUCUACAUCACCGUGAGGAACCCCAACAUCAUCUCAUCCAACAGCGACACCAAAAUUGCCAAGCGCAUGGCGGUCCUGAUCUUCACGGACUUCCUCUGCAUGGCGCCCAUCUCCUUUUUCGCCAUAUCGGCAUCGCUCAAGUACCCUCUCAUCACCGUCUCCAACUCAAAGAUCCUCCUGGUUUUGUUCUACCCCAUCAACUCCUGCGCCAACCCGUUCCUGUACGCUAUCUUCACCAAGAAUUUCCGCAAGGAUUUUUUCAUUUUGCUGAGCAAAUUUGGCCUUUGCGAAAAGCAAGCUCAGAUUUACCGAACAGAAACCUCCUCCACCGUUCCUACCUCUCAUAUGAAGAACGGGCACUGUACACCUGCUCCCAAAGCCAGCGAGGGACCCGCUUAUGCAUUAGUCCCCCUGAAUCAUGUGAACUCAGAACACACGGGGGUAGGACCCGAAUCAACGGCUCCGAGUUCCAAGAAGGGAGAUUCUGACUAAACAGAUGAAAAAAACUUUCUAGGUUGUGGAGUCUCCUUCCUUGGAAGUUUUUCAGCAGAGGUUGGAUGA